ACUUCCGCCCUACCGGCGUCACCCGCCCGCAGCGCGCAGGCGCGGCCCCGCCGCCACCUCCCUGGGGAUUGGCCGGCGGCGGUGACGUGGCGCGGCGGGCGGAAGCGGGGGGCCGCGGCCAUGCUGCGGCAGGACAGCGGUGACGACAUCGAGGACGUGUCUCUGUUCGAUGCGGACGAUGAAGUGUCCCGGAGAGCCAAAAAGUCGAAACUGAGGCAUCCAGUGGCAUCAUUUUUCCACCUGUUCUUCCGAGUCAGUGCGAUAGUUGUCUAUCUGCUCUGUGAGCUCUUAACUAGCAGCUUUAUUGCCUGCAUGGUGACAAUUAUCCUCCUCUUGUCAUGUGACUUUUGGGCCGUGAAGAAUGUCACAGGGCGACUAAUGGUUGGCCUUCGCUGGUGGAACCAGGUGGAUGAUGAUGGCAGAAGUCAGUGGAUAUUUGAAGCCAGAAAGGUGUCAGCAAAAGGGAGUAAAGCCUCCUCGGAAGCAGAGUCCCGAAUUUUCUGGUUAGGUCUAAUUACCUGUCCGAUGAUCUGGGUGAUAUUUGCUUUCAGUGCUCUCUUUUCUUUCAAAGUGAAGUGGCUGGCGGUGGUUAUCAUGGGAGUAGUUCUCCAGGGAGCCAACCUUUAUGGUUAUAUCAGGUGCAAAGUUGGCAGUAGGAAGAACCUGACCAGCAUGGCGACCAGCUAUCUCGGAAAGCAGUUCUUGCGGCAGACCGUGGCUAAAGACGACCAGACAGCAUCUUGAGUGUGGUGGGAAGCCUCAAGCCAGAUUGGAUUCCCAGAAGUGAACAACGGAGAAUGUUGCUCUGACAGUGAGAUCUGGGAGCUGCGUAAACGAGGUGUGAAUUAAAAGAAGUAAAUAAAUUGUGCAAGGCUUCCUGUUAACACUCCUAGCGGUUUAUAUUUGGUUCUCCACUGGCAGAUUGUGUUUACGUUCUUUCUUUAGUUUGAUUAGUUAGAAUUAAGUUUUCUGAACUUGAAAUAAAUAAAAGCAUCCUAGAUAGCUCUGGUGCAGGUUUAUACCUACUGGAUGGAAAUGCCAGGCAUCCUUCUGAGAAACCAUGCACAAGCUGAGCCGUCUCUUGCCCAGGAACCAUCCCCACCUCCUCCAGCAGUCGGAACCUCAAGUAGUUUCCAGUUGCGGACCCCGCUGCAUUUUGUUCUCGGAGGUCAUUGCUUCUUCUGUUAUGAAGUCUAGAUAGGUCUUUUUUGGCUCUGCAUCUCUCAUUCUGUGAUUUGAAUGGCACUGAGGUCGUUGCGGUGACGGAAACGUUGCUGUUGGCUUAGUGGGAAGAUGGGUGAAGUCUCGUGGAAACUGCCAAAGUGACUUGUGCGCAGCUCUGGUCUUUGCUAAUCUGAAGUGUUCCUGGAGGUCUCAGUAACAUCCACGCAGGAACCUUGAUUAAAUCUCGGGACUUAGGGUUAAGUCCCUCUUUUCCCUGCUGGCCUGUGUCUGUAUGGAGGGCGCAGGCGGUAAAACCAGGCCGCAGGGAGAGCUGCGCACACGGUUUCAGAGACGGAGUGACUCUGGGAGCAGGUGGUGACAGAGCUGUUGCAGCGGUGCCACCUGGUGUCGUGUCACUGCUGCACAGCAGCAAUAGCAUGUUGGGUGUGUUCCUGUGGCCACGAGGACGUGGGGUGGUCUGGUCUGCGGGCUCUUCACCGUCCUGCAGUGCUGAGCAGGGAGUGUGGCUGGCAGGGGUACCAGGAUGCUGCAUUAUGUGUGCAGAGAACUUCUUGGGCUCGUUUCAACACCCGUGCAGCUGGCUCGGGGUCGCCCACUUACACAAGGUCUGAGGCUGGGUGUCAGCAAUUUGCCUUCUGCUGUUCAACGACCAAAGGGUGUUUCAGAUAACCUGCCUUACGGGGCUGUCUGAGCACCCGGCAUUACUGUGCUCAUCUGCAAGGCGCUUACAUUUCUUGAAUCCAUGCAACGUGCUGUCCUCCCGCCGUGCUCCCCAGGGGGUCUGCGGGCUGGCAAAAACCAUUAGUAUGAUCAUGAAGUGUUCACCUAGGUGGCAGACAGUGGCGUGUUCUGUGUGAGAGGCGUCGGGUCCUUGUCACGUCAAGCUGUUCGAGGCAGGUUGUGCUUUCAUGGCGGGGGGUAGUGUGAACUUCUGAUGAGGUAUUUUAAAUUAAGAAUGUGGUUUCUUUUUGAAUAAUGGGUAUUGUAAAUUGUGGGAUCGCAUUAAUGCUAUGUCUCCUCGUACUGUAGCAAUACUCGGGAGCUGUACAUUUGUCUAACUCUUUGGAUUGAUACCUUCCUUUUGUAAAUAUAUAUUUAUAAAAUCUUGAAAUUAAAAUAAUGCUUUGUUUAACCAGA